ACACACAUACACACACAUACACCACCCCACCCCCAUAUUUGGACGGCGCAUACAUAGCUAAAAACGAAGUACAGUGCAACGCCAUAAUUCACUAAUACAUCAUAAAUCGUUGAAAGUACGCGCGUUAUAACGACCGAGAGAAAUCUAACAAAUCAAGCGCCCGUAGUACUUAACAGUUAGCCUGCAACUCUCUAAAACAACCUAAAUGAGCUCUUACUUUGUAAACUCGUUCUCGGGGCGCUACCCAAAUGUCCCCGACUAUCAACUGCUAAAUUAUGGAGCCAGCAGCGGCGCAAUGAACGGCGGGACGUACAGGGAAUCUUCCUCCGCCACCAUGCACCAUGCGACGGGCUCUUACGGCUACAGCUACAAUGGCAUGGACCUAACCGUCACCAACCGGGGAGGGGGUAGCAGCGGCACCGCCGGCACCGUAGAACAUUUCGGGGGCGGCUCAAUCGUCGGUGACUCCCGAGGCUUCGGAUCCCCGACCCCGGAGAGGCGUUUCAGACAGCCGUCCAGCUGCUCCCUUGCCUCCGCGGCAGACUCCCUCCUGUCACCCGUCAUUGGAGACACUGAGCUGAGCGCCCAGAGCUCGUCUCCCCGUUCGGAGCAACCAGGAAGCGGCAAUCUCAGCUCUCCAAACCUGUCCUCGAACUCCUCCGGUGGUGGUGGAGGAGGAGGCGGCUGCGGCGGCGGCGGAGGCACGGCGCAGCGCUUUACGGAGCUGGACGACGCGUCGCUAGACCCCGACGAGUUGCACCACACCCGGGACGCAGACCACGGUAGCCACCCGCUCUCCAGGACCGGACACCCGCACCCCGUGCAGAAGCAGGAGGGCGGCGCGGUGGGACCAGCCGCUGACUGCACGACGGGAAGCGAAGCGCACACGCCACAGAUAUUCCCCUGGAUGAGAAAGCUGCACAUUAACCAUGAUAUGACGGGCCCUGACGGGAAACGGGCGCGGACGGCGUACACCCGUUACCAGACGCUCGAGCUGGAGAAGGAGUUCCACUUCAACCGGUACCUGACGCGGCGGCGGCGGAUCGAGAUCGCUCACACGCUGUGCCUCACGGAGCGGCAGAUCAAGAUCUGGUUCCAGAACCGCAGGAUGAAGUGGAAGAAGGACAACAAACUGAAAACCAUGAACCUCUCCACCGUCAGCGCCUUCCAACCCUAGACUAAAAAAUAUAAAGAAAAAAAAAGAGAAAGAAAUCCAUCCGUCCCAUCUCUUUGGAAAAGUUACAGCCAUGACGCACAGGCUUUACCGAAUCUGUACCAACGACAAUAAAGACGCACACAGGAAACACCCAGGGGAAGCCAGUGGACUGUGGAGCAGGGAGGAGAAGACGUGAUGAAGAAACUUGUGCCCCAAACAGAUUCCACAUCGAGAUAAAAAAAACAAAAAACACUUCCUAAUAUCAACCGAGUACUGUACAACAGUGCAGCACUUUUUAUUUGUUAGGCAUGUUGGUCUUUGGUGUUUUAGGGCAAUGUAAAAAAAAACUGUGGUACUUGCUCUUUUAAAAAAAGGAAGAAGAAGAACAACCAAAAAAACGUAGUGUUCCUGCAUAUGUUCUCGUUGUGUAAAAAAAAAAAAUGGAGGAGAGGAGUCACGGAUGAAUAUGCUACCUGACAUGCGUCCUACCUUACAACCUUACUACCUACCUGUUGGUCAAGGUCUAAAUGUCGUCGUGUGUGUGUCGAGUGAGGUGUUUGUAAUUGACGAAGUGCUUUCUAUAAAAGUUAGCAUGUUCGUGCCCAGUAACAAUGAAAUCUAUCGGCCUCUCCCUUUCCACCCACUCCGUCGGUGACUUUUUCAUCCAGAUCUGCUCUAGUUUUGAUUGAAGGAGCAGGGGAAGGUGCGAGGGUCAUCCCUGCCUACGUCUCGUUGUGUAUUAUUCAAAAAAGAAAAGUGUACCCGUAUAUUAUUGAUAUUAUUGUUGUAAUUAUUGGAUUCAUGUUCCAGAAAGGAUGUAUAUAGAUAUUGACUCUUUUUUGUAAGUGUACCCACUUCAUUAUUUGUACUCGCGAGUGCGUGUGUUUGUGAGAGAGAGAGAGUGCGCGUGCGUGAGGGAAAUGGCCGCCGUCCUGUAAGGCCUGUACGCUUUCUGCCAGUGAGCUUUUUUUUGUAUUUGUUUGUAACUUGGAGUAAAACAGACAAUAACUACGGGAUAAAAAAAAAGGAAGAAAUUGAAGAAAGAAAAUAAAGUUCCUCAUAUUCGUCAUCAGAA